GGCAUUCUCAUAUAGAUGCCUCUCGUCGCCAUUUCAUUCCACUCGUUCAAAUCCCGGAGUUUCAGCUGGAAGUACGACGUGACCGACGAUGGUCGAUCGCGAAGACCCAUGGCUGGCGCGCGACAAGCUGUACCACGUCCUCUUCUGCCUCUCCCUCACCCUCCUCUUCUCUCGCCUCGCCUCCCUCGCCCGCCCCUCCCUCCUCCGCCGCCGCUCCUCCUCGUCGGAUCCGUCGCCUCCCCUCCUCGCCGGCGCCGCCAAGGAGGCCGCCGACCACCUCGGCGUCUUCCCCUCCGACGGCGCCUCCGCCAAGGACGCCCUCGCCGACGUCCUGGGCGUCCUCAUCGCCGCCUCCGCCCUCUCCCUCUGCCGCCGCAGGUCCUCGACCCGACCCGCGCCGGAAUUGGGUCAGCACGGUGUUGCGUCCAUGGUUUGACUCGUUUGAGCGGGUAGCUGGGUUCGAUUGCUUCGUUUUGGGGGAUAAUUUGUGGCCUUCUUUUAAUGUCGAUCUGAAUGCUACGUCGGAGAAGGAUAUUUCUGAAGCUCUGAAAUGCUGGAUCUUUCGGCGAGGCAUUCGAAGAAAGCUUGAAUUUUGAGCUCCACAAAGCGCACCGAGAAUGGGGGCAGUGAGGUAAAUCCAGAUGGCUCUGUAGUUUCCUGCUGCUAUGGCCGGUCCCAAUGUCCUUGCUGGAUUCAUUGAAGCUCCUGUGGUUGGCCUGUGCAAUGAAACAAAAGGAGAUGCCCCUGUGACUGAUAUUGAGUUCUACGUCCCAUAGUUUUCAACUCAACUAUAUUCUCUUUUUCCUUUCUCUGGUUUGUUAGUCUUAUCCCUUUUAGUGGUUUUAUGAAUCUGUAUGAGCUUGAGCUAAGGACGAAAAGUAAGUUUUAUCAUUUUUAUUCAUCAGUACCCAAAGAGAGGUUUUUAUUCUUAUUGCUAUCAAUAUGCUUUCAUGCUCUCUUUUUUUUC